GUCGAGUUUUAUUGCUUUUUUGCCCAAAUGGAUCAAGAUGCUUGACAUGGCAACUUAAAACAAGAUAUAAUAUAACUAUUUAUAGAUGUCGAGACCCCAUUGGCAUCAAGUAGUUUUUGGGUGGUGAUGUAAUAUAGCUAACAAAUUAGAGUAAGAAAGUGAAAAGGUUUUAAAUUCAUAGCCUUCCCUCUUGCGUGCAAUUCCCAUAAUGUGAGAGAGGGAGAGCUAUGAAUACAACAAUGAUGCAAAUUUGUCAAUGACUAAAAUGAUGGUGACAUAAUAAUUUAUUGGCAGCAUUGAAAGCCAUCACUCGUAGAAGUGUAGAUAUCUUUUCCUAUUUGUUAGACUUUUGUGCUUGCUUGCUAAUCCAGGCUGAAUUAACAAACUUUAAGCAGUAUUGUAUCAACUAGCAAUUAAUUUGAACUCACUGAGUGUCGCAACUAUUUUGAAUGUGAACGCAAUCUAUUCCUAUAGUUGUUAGUGUAUGUCCUGGUUGUUAAAAUUUUACACAAACAAUGCAGUUGCACCUUAAACAUGAAACAUUUGCAAUUGAAGUUUUAGAAAAUACCUUUGUGGAAAACAUCAGUUGGUUUGAUUAUAACUUCACUGGCUCAAUGGCACUUUUAUGACUUUAACGUGCCUCAAUAUUGUGCAUUUGUAAUCGAAGUAUCAAUUUGUGUGCCCCAAGGAACUUGCGUAAGGACAUUGAUAUGGUGUUAUUCACAAAAGAGAGAGCACUACUUCUAAAAUAUUGAACUGAAUGAGUUUUUUUUGAAGCCUAUAGUGCAGAACCAUUACGUAUUUCUGAAAAAGAUUGACAUGCUUUCAGCUUACUCAAAGGAUAUGCUGGCUGGGAUUGUAAGCUUAUCUUGAUCCUUCUAUGGCUCUCACUGCAACCAAGGUUUCAAAAGGUUCUGUAGCGAUUGAUGCAACAACUGUCAAUAACUUACAAGGAAGCAAUUAUAUUUUUGCCAAGUCACCGCAGCACACUAGAUUACAUGGUACAAGUCCAGCACAUGAGUUUGGUAAACAGAGCGAUGGACAUCUCUGGACAUUAAGGUUGAAGUUUCCUAAGAAAGUUUUGUGGCACAUAUGUGGAAAACCUAGUAGUUUUGUUCUGUCUCGAGGACUUUCUGCCAUAUGUCGAUCAACAAACACAAGCAAUACUGAAACACAAGAAUGUAUUAGAGACCAUGGUGAUUGUUCAGAAUCAUCUAGAGCACAAGGUUGUAAUGAGGAUGAUGAACAUCCUGUCAUGCCUGAGAGAACUAUUCACUCAAUUCAAGGAUUAGCUGAGGCUUGCCAAUUUGUUUACAAUGAUGCCAGAUUUGUUAAUGAAAGAGCUCGAAAUGAUAUUGUCUUGCUUUCUCGUGGCAUGAUGAGGUUGGAUGCCCGUGUUCGCCAAGAUGUUGCUAUUAUUGGUUCUGAGUUUCUUAAGCUUGACGCUCGGGCAAGAAAGGAUACUAAGAAAAUUGACCAUGAUGUGAAGAAAAAAGCUGAACGCCUUAAUCAUAUAGCUGCUUUCUUGUAUUCUUAUCAGAUUUUGAAAGACAAAGCUCAAUCUAGGUUGAAAAAGGCCGCUGACAAGCACUGGAGUGAUGGAGCCUUGGAGGCUGAUUUGCGGCGCGCCGACUUCUUUGCCAAGCAACGUGCAAUGGAAGAUGCCUUAAUGGCAUUGGAGUUUGUCAAAAACAUAGAUGACAUGAUGGUGAGCAAGAUGUGCAAGUUGAAAAGAGGUUCUCAAUCGACUGACGGCAUGGUAGGGCGUAUAAUGAUUGAAAAGAACGGAAAAACUCUCGACUUCUUUCCAGGAGAAGUGUCCACGGAUCGCAUUACUGCUAUUCAGGAGGCUUACUGGAGUAUGGCAUCUGCACUCUCCGAAGCUGAUGGAAUUGACUAUACUGAUCCCGAGGAGCUCGAGUUGUUGGUUGCUGCGCUUAUAGAUCUUGAUGCAAUGGAUGGUAAAAGUAGUGUUUCUUUAUUGGCUGAGUGUUCGAGUUCUCCUGAUGUCAAUACGAGAAAAGCAUUAGCUAAUGCAUUAGCAGCAGCGCCAUCGAUGUGGACUCUUGGAAACGCAGGCAUGGGAGCAUUGCAGAGACUGGCAGAAGACAGCAACCCAACAAUUGCUGCAGCGGCAUCGAAAGCUAUCUAUGAACUGAAAAAACAAUGGGAAAUAGAGGACGGAGAUAGCUGGAGGUUCAUGAUGAAUCAAAAACCAAUAGAUGGCCAAAAAGUUGACGAUAGGGAUGCAGCAACAGAGUAAGAAAAGUUUAUAAAAUCAUAAUUGUAGAUAUCAGCAUGAUGGACUAAGUAAUUGUUCGGAUACAUUCACUAAUCAUUUAUGUAACAAAUAGAAUGCAUCUUCUGAUCUUAGUGUUUAUGUUAACCUUCUUAAUUUUAAUCUAAUUUGCUAAAAUAGUAGAAGAAUAGAUAUC